AUGAGCUGCUCGGUGAAGAUCUCUUGCGGCAAGAACUGGGGCUCGCAGCGCAGGAUCGGCUCCCUCGCGGAGGAGACGAGCGCGUGCCCCGUCACCUGCGCCGGCGGCCUUCAGGCCGGUCAGUCAAACGCGACGUCGAGCUCGACGACCAACACCGUCGCCGUAGCCUUCAGCAACCCCGUCGUCAUCACCACCACCACCAGCACCAGCACCGUCACCGCCGGUAAUCAGAGGGUGGUCCCACCACGCCCCGUCAAGUCGAUCGCCGCGAAGAAAGGGGAGGACACCACGAAGCUGCUCAAGUACAUCGACGAUAACGUCAUCGGCAAGAACGGCACGUUCUUCGGCCCGUUCGGCCGCAGGAAAGUGGUUUAUUGCGACUAUACCGCCUCGGGAAGGUCGUUACAGUUCCUCGAAGAUUACAUUGCGAAGGAGGUGCUACCAUGUUUGGGCGACACUCGAGCAUCCACGUCCAUCUGCAGUCUACAGUCGUCUCUUUUUAGGCAUGAGGCCAGAGACAUCGUCAGACACGCGGUUGGGGCUAGCGAGCAGGAUGCGGUCCUGUUCACCGGUCAAGGCACCGCCGCUGCCCUUCGCACACUUUUACGGCACCUCGAUCUCUCCAAGUCCACCGUGGUCUUCGUGGGCCCGUUCGAGCACCACGCCAACUUGAGGCCUUGGCGCGAGCUCGAUGUCAAGAUAGUACGAGUUUCCGAGACCCGGGAGGGCUUCUUGGAUCUGAAUGAUCUCGAGCGGGGACUCGCGAGAAUGCGGAGCGAGGGCAUUGCGCAAAUGAUCGGAUGCUUCAGCGCUGCCAGUUGCAUAACGGGGGUUUUGGCAGAUGACGUCGCGACGACCCUCCUGCUGCAUCAAUACGGCGCGCUUAGCGUGUGGGAUUACACCACCGCAGCCCCGUACGUCCAGAUCGACAUGAAUCCACGUCUGCCCGGGGUCGGGGAAACCGCGGUGCACAAGGACGCGAUUAUUUUCGCGGGCCACAAAUUCAUUGGCGGCGUGCAGUCGCCCGGUAUAUUGGUGACCAAACGAUGGCUCCUGCGAGAGGACGUUGAAGCGGAGGACAUGAGGGACUCCCAUCGCUACCACCGCGAUCCCGAGCUGCGGGACGAGAGCGGAACCGCCGGGGUGGUCGAGAGCAUCCGAUGCGGACUGGCGGUUCAGCUGAAGGAGAACGUCACGCCGAGGGCGAUCGUCGCACGGCAGGACAAGAUCUCUCGGCAAGUCUUGUCCCACGUGCGCACCAUUCCGGAAUUGAUUCUACUCGGCAGCUCGUCACAGAACGUGAAGCGAUUGCCCAUCUUCUCGUUUAUGGUACGCCAUCCUCGCGGCACGUUCCUCCAUCAUAACUUUGUCUGCGCCGUCUUGAACGACGUCUUCGGCAUCCAGGCACGUGGAGGAUGCGCGUGCACGGGUCGUUACGCUCAUCAUUUGAUGGGAAUUGACCGAGAACUCGCCAAGGAAUAUGAAAGCGUUCUCUUGGAAGGACAACGGAACGGUACCGAGGAGACCACCGCGGAAGGUCUCAGACCGGGCUUCGCCAGGCUAUCCUUUCCUUAUUUCAUGAGCGAAGCGGAAGUUGCCUUCGUGCUUGAAGCUCUCAAGAUGGUAGCCACCGAAGGCUGGAAGCUGUUGCCGCAGUACGUGCUGAAUCCCGAUACCGGCGAAUGGCGACACCACACCAACAGCAUCUUCAAGGAGCGCAAGUGGCUGGGCUCGAUUAGGUACACAGACGGAAGGAUGAACGCCACGGAGAGGCGAGCUUCCGGUGCCGGCGUCUUCCCGCAGACCUACGGCGAUUCCCUGCAGACCGCCCGGAAUAUCUUUAAUCGCGCUCGUAAAAUGGCGCAACGGUAUCCGCUGCAGAUCGACAAGAGUUUCAACUUUAUAUGCGAGCGCAUGGAAGCGUUGCGCUGGUUCAUGCUGCCGAGUGAGGCGCAGGAUCUCCUUUUGGGUAACUCGCAGAACGUCAAGCAGGACGUGCCGUUCAAUCCGUUGCUGGCCUGGAACAAAUACAGUCACACGAGCACCACCGCUACCACCUGUCACGACAGUCUGGUGAACUGCCUGACGCUGACAAAUGGUAUGAGACGGCUGAACAGCGACAUUCCGCGCACGGGCAACACGCCCCUCUCGAUGAUCUCGCCGAGGCAUCGAAGCCUACCAGCGCUGAGCACGGUUCGGCGAACUCUGAUGGCGACCACGGCGGAACUGAAUCAACCAUCGUCAUCGAGCAACAGUGAGGAGGAGAGUCCAAAUCAAAAUGAACCCAGUCAUUUCUCCGGUAGACACCGAACACCCGCCACAUGUCCAAACUCGCCGAUGCCUGUUAGAUUCGCGGUAGGCGAGGCCGUGACCACCUCGGUCCUAGGAUCGAUAUCCCGCACGACUGCCCGACCGACGAAAGAACAGAGAGAGUUGGAGGCAACCAAUGCCGGACGUGCGAGAUGCAACUCUCUAGGUAGCACCACCGACGGAUGCAAUGUGCAGGGAAAUCGCGCCGGUGCCGCAACGACUUCCUCGCCAAUUCCGCCGCUUCCUCUGAGCCCGCAAACUUUGACCAGCUUGGGAUUAAGCACGUCGAACGGUUCAUCGAGGCACAGACGUCUUCACUGCAGCUGCAGCAGUCAGACGGAGUUAAACACUCUGGAAUUGGAUUCCGCCGCCAGCCCGAGUCAUUCGAUCUCUUCCUUGAACUAUAAUAAUCAUAAUCCGGCGUCGCCACCGUCUUCAUAUUCGUCGACCAGCGAUUACACCGAGAGGUUGAUAGGCGGUGGCAGAUCAUCGCCUAUCUUAACGAAUAUGGGUCAAGAUGAUCUGAGCGCAUACGUGAAGGAGAUGACCAAGGAAUUAGCGACAGAGAUCAAAUCGGAGAUCCGUGAGGUAAUUUCCAAAGUGGACGAUGCUUUAUCGGAGACAAACACAUCCGAGAACACGCCGCAGCAUCACUCGCGGGCUCAGAGUAUAGUUAAUCAAACAUACAUGGAGGACAAACAGUCGAGGCACGAUUCGUUCACGGCCAGCGACAUCGCCGAGUACUUAAUGGAAUUCUCGAAGGAAAUGGCGAGCGAAGUGAAAUCUGAGAUAAGGUGCAUGGUAAAUGCCGUUGACGGGCUGCACAGGUACUCGCCAGACGCCUCCACUUCGGAUGUUUCUUCGAGCGGAUGUGGAUCGCCCGAUCGUGGAAGAAUCGUGCUUCCCUCGUCGGCGUCCCCGCGCCUCUCGAGCUCUAGAAAAAGCGGACCGAUCGAGAUUAUCAGCAAAGUCGGCGAGCUGUCGCAGCAGGAGAGCAAAAUGUCCAGUGAAUGCUCUUCGGACGAGACGGUGAUUUACGUGAUGAAGCCAUCCGAGAGUGAGCAGCUGGUCCGCCCUCGUUCGAAGACCGAGGGUGAAGAGGUGGAGAACGACGUAGAUGAUUAUGUAGACGAUGAUUCGCAGGAGGGACGCGGCGGCCUCGACAUCAGCGACGCACGGAAGAUCUUGCCGAAGAUUUAUUCGGCCGUGAACUCCGUCAGCUCUCAGGACAGUGGUAUAAAUAUGUCUUUUCAAGAGAGCGAUAAGUCGAUAGACUCUUUGGACCUAAAACGGAGCAGCAGCGCCGAGUCCAAUUCCGCUCACAGCCAUGGACGGAAACCCAGGACAACAUCGAUGAUGAGUCUGUCGACCAAGUGCGGCGGCAAACAGCAAACGCGUCAAAACGACAAUCUCUCGGAGGAUGAGGAGUGCGCGGGUGAUCUGCGAGAGGAAGAGGAUGACGGUCAGGAGAAUAAUUUUGACGAUAACGAGUCCAGACUCGAGUUUCCGCGAACUCAAUGGCACUGUCCGCCGAAGAACAUCUGGAAACCUUCGGUGGAAGCUAUGCAAGAAUUUGACAUGAUUCGGGACAACGACAAGGUCUUAGUCUGCCUGUCGGCGAUUGGCAAGGACUCGCUCUCCCUUCUGCAUACUCUACAUCAAUACAGAUUUUACGUCAGAUCGAAGGGGAUUGACUUCGAGAUCGGUGCGGCCACCAUCGACGCGGGUGGCUCCGAUCCUAUGGAACUAAUGAGUUAUCUGAAGGGUUUGGAGAUUCCUUACUUUUACGAGGAACAGGUGACGGACUCGAUCAGCAUCAACGUCGAGAAUCCGUUGGACGCUAGCAUUGCCAGCGGAACCUGCAGUUUCUGCGACAAGUCGGUUAGGACGCAAUUGUACUCUUUAGCGAAACAGAAGGGAUAUAACGUGUUGGCGCUCGGUCAGCAUUUGGACGAUCUCACGGAGAGCUUCCUCAUCUCAGUACUCCACGGUGGUAUGUUGAAAACCAUGAAGGCGCAUUACUAUAUACGUCGAGAGGAUCUCAGAGUUGUCAGACCGUUUAUCUAUGUGCGAGAGAAGGCAUUGAAGCAAUUUGCCGAGAGCAAGAAGCUUCCUAUCUCACAAGAUUCACGAACUCAGUCUGAGAAACAAAACAGAAGGAAGGAGUUGAUGCUUCAACAGGAACGCGCGUAUCCGCGACUACACUGGUCCGUGCGCACGGCUCUACGACCCUUGAUAACCGCUCAUGGACAAAUUAUCGCCUUUGAUUUGGCAUGCACCGGCAACGGCGGUAACAGUCCAAGUAGCAGCACCAGCAGCAGUAUAAGCAGCAGCAUAAGCAACAGCAUAAGCAGCAGCAGCUGCAGCAGCAACAACGGCGGCAGCAACACCAGUAAUCAGCAGAAACGACAUCGGAGGACCAAGACGAAUCCCUCGGCGAACGCUUCCUCGUCCCAGCAAACCGACGAGAAUGACGAGACUGACGAGGAGCCUGUGCUCUGAGGAGGGCCCAUCGCGAGAUGGGAUCCCGAUCGUGUCGCGGUCCCAUCCUCGCGUCUUCGCCGUCGACGUCCGGCAUCGACGUUCGCUCUUAGACGAAGACGAUUACGCUUUGCGGCCGCAGGCGCCGCCGUUAAGGCGAACGAUCAGAAAUGCACCGAGAAUGGCAACUGAGCGACAAUAGCAGGCGGCAUUUAAACGCAGAAGACUUCUCGAGAAAGACGUUUCGAGAAUCUCUCGUGUAUAUGAACAUUAUUCGCGUGUAUCCGUCGCUCGUCGCGAGAUCUUAGCGAGAUAAUCGAUGCGUUUUGAAAAAUAUCCAGGUGAUAAAUUGCAGUGAAUUAUAAUUGUCGA